UAGGUUGAAAACAGAGAAAAAUUCGAUUUUUUUGUAUGUUACUCUCACCAAGUUUGAAUUCCUCUGGAGGGUUUUCUUGUCAUUUAUUUUCAAAAAAGUUGGACACUAAAGAAAAGCGAAGUCCCAGUUUUUUAAAUAGAAAAAUUGAAGCUUUUUCUUUGGUAUUGGUGCAGGGUAAGUGAAUUUAAGUUCCGAGUUCCGGUCCUUGCUUUUUUUGUCAGAUGCUGAAGAAACGUGGAGGAUUAUUAUGGGGUUUUGGAUAUUGGGGAAAAAAGAACCGUCCGUUUAUGUGUGUUUUGUCUUCAUAUUCUGUGUCUUUGGUUUUUUGUUUUGAUGCUUGUUGGUAGCUACUUUUUGCUUCCAUGGCGAAAAUGAGAAGUUGCAGAAUCACUCUGGGUUUGCUUCUGUUUCUGCUUCUGUUCUUUCACCAAACAACAACUAUAGAGUGCAAAGAACGGCUCAUUAGACGACUCUCUUCUCAGCCUCAAGACUUCAAGAUUGGACUCAAAAGGGUAAUUCUCAGCAUUGUGCUGGGAAUUCUAACUGGAUUGAUUGGAGCUCUUCUGUUUGCUUUACUGAUCAAAAGUGUUCUUCAGUACAUCAAUCAAACCCCAUUCCUUAAAGGUCCAGUUAUAUUCUCCCCCAAGAUAUCUUCCAAGACUCUUCAAUCAGCCCUUGCAAAUGAGAAACAGUUGUUGGGGUCAAGCUCCAACGGGAAGUACUACAAAACGGUACUCGACAACGGGCUCACCGUCGCCGUCAAAGUGCUCGAGCCCUUCGACAGCGGCUCGCCGGAGACUCUGAGCAAGUCGGUGAAGAGGAGGAUACAACAAGAGCUGGAGGUUCUUGCUAGCUUGAGACACAGGCAUUUGAGGAGCUUACGGGCUUAUGUUCGUGAAUCUGAUAGGUUUUCUUUGGUUUAUGAUUAUAUGCCCGUGGGGAGCCUUGAGGAUGCCAUGAAUGGUGUAAGGGAAAACCACCUGCAGCUUCGAUGGGAUGUCAGGCUUAGGAUUGCUGUGGGAGUGAUUAAGGGUCUUCAAUAUCUUCACUUUACUUGUGACCCUCAGAUUUUGCACUACAACUUGAAGCCCACAAAUGUGAUGUUAGAUGCUGAAUACGAACCGAGGCUGGCCGAUUGCGGAUUGGCUAAGCUCAUGCCUAACAUAGAUCGGGCAACUUCAGGUUAUUGUGCUCCUGAAUGUUUCCAGAACUGCAGGUAUACCGAUAAGAGCGAUAUCUAUAGCUUCGGGAUGAUAUUGGGUGUUCUAUUGACCGGUAGAUAUCCCACCGAUCCGUUUUUCCGGGAAGCGGCCAGCGGAGGGAGUCUAGGACAGUGGCUCCAGCAUUUGCAGCAGGCAGGGGAAGCGCGUGAAGCUUUAGAUAAAAGUAUUAUCGGGGAAGAAGUUGAGGAAGAUGAGAUGCUGAUGGCAGCGAGAAUUGCUGUCGUCUGUCUAUCGGAUUUGCCUGCGGAAAGGCCUUCGAGUGAUGAGCUUGUAACCAUGUUAACCCAGCUGCAUAGUUUCUGAUGCAAAGGCCUGCAACAAGAGAAGAACACUUUGCGGAUUGUAGGAAUUGGAGUCUAACCAUUUUGCAACAAGAGACCAAGAACACUUUGCUAUUUGUGCAUCAUUGGCUCCUAUGUGUUGUGCGCAUGCAUGCAUUGACUAUUUGAUCUGAUAACCAUGGGAGACAAAUCUGCAUUAUUGUGUUCUAAUCAUGGUGGGGUUUUUCUUGUCUUUUUGUUGGAAAAUCAUGGAUGCUUGUCUAGUAAAAUCAAUU